GGUCGCGGGUGGAGGGGGCUAGAAAGCGAGCGUGGCCUCUCCUCUAUGGUCGCGCGGGCCCGGGGCUUCUUCCGGGAAUCCACACUUCCCGCAGGGUGGCUUCCGGAAGUCAAGUGAAGUCAAGCUCCUGGGCUCCACCGCUGCGGACGAUCGCCCUGAUUUAGUGAUGCUUUGCAACGGUUAUCUCAGUCUAAGACUCUUCAGGUUUGUGGGUCCCAGAGUUUGUUGAGAUGGAGGCAUCCCUGCAAGAUGACCUGAAACCUGUGGUCCAAGAGGAAGAGGCCUGGUCUGGCACUCCCUCCCCUCAGAUCUCCAUCAGCGAGUUUUCCUGUCACUGCUGCUAUGACAUCCUGGUCAACCCCACCACCUUGAACUGUGGCCACAGCUUCUGCCGCCACUGCCUCGCAUUAUGGUGGGUCUCAUCCAAGAAAACCGAGUGUCCGGAGUGCCGAGAAAAGUGGGAAGGCUUCCCCAAAGUCAAUAUUCUCCUCAGGGAUGCCAUUGAGAAGCUCUUUCCUGAUGCCAUUCGAAUGCGACUGCAGGACAUUCAGCAGAACAGUGACGUGGUCCAGAGUCUGGCAGCCUUUCAGAAAUAUGGCAAUGAUCAGAUCUCCUUAGCACCCAGCACUGGCCGCGUAAAUCCGCAAAGAGGAGGGGGAUUCUUUUCAGGAGUGCUCACAGCUCUGACCGGUGUGGCCGUGGUCCUGCUCGUGUAUCACUGGAGCAGCCGAGAAUCGGAGCAUGACCUCCUGGUGCACAAGGCCGUGGCCAAAUGGACCGCGGAGGAGGUGGUCCUGUGGCUGGAGCAGCUGGGCCCGUGGGCCUCUCUCUACAGAGACAGGUUUCUGGCAGAAAGAGUGAAUGGAAGGUUGCUUCUGAUGCUAACGGAGGAAGAGUUUUCCAGGGCACCCUACACUGUGGAGAACAGCAGCCACCGGAGAGCCAUCCUCAUGGAACUGGAGCGUGUUAAAGCUCUGGGUGUGAAACCGCCGCAGAACCUCUGGGAAUAUAAGGCAGUGAAUCCAGGCAGGUCCUUGUUCCUGCUCUAUGCCCUGAAGAGUUCCCCGAGGCUUGGCCUGCUGUACCUCUACCUGUUCGACUACACAGACACCUUCCUGCCCUUCAUCCACACCAUCUGCCCACUGCAGGAGGACAGCUCAAGCGAGGACCUCAUCACCAAGCUCCUGGAUCUCCGGGAGCCCACAUGGAAGCAGUGGAGAGAAUUCCUGGUCAAGUACUCCUUCCUCCCAUACCAGCUCAUCGCCGAGUUCGCCUGGGACUGGCUGGAGGUCCAUUACUGGACGUCCCGGUUCCUCAUUGUCAAUGCCAUGCUGCUCUCGGUUCUGGAGUUAUUCUCAUUUUGGAGGAUCUGGUCAAGAAGUGAGUUGAAGACGGUGCCUCAGCGGAUGUGGAGCCAUUUCUGGAAAGUGUCGACACAAGGCCUCUUCGUGGCCAUGUUCUGGCCCCUCAUUCCUCAGUUUGUUUGCAAUUGUCUCUUCUACUGGGCCCUGUACUUCAACCCGAUUAUUAACAUUGAUCUGGUGGUCAAGGAGGUGCGGAGACUCGAAACCCAGGUGCUGUGACGGCCCCAGCCUCAUCCUGCCCAGCUGAGGUCUGAGUGAGUGGGAGCCACUCCCAUUCUCUAACCUGAAGAGUGAGGAGACCUCAGCUCCUCCCCUGUCCUCUUCCUGGGCCUGGGGUG